CAUACACAAAACGUGCGCGCUUUCUGUUUGACACCAUUUCAGCCAUGGUGUUUUGAGAGGCAAUACCAUAGGUGCUGAUCCAAGAAAGCGCUCGGGACGAAUUGGUCAGACCACUAUGAGAACGCAUCACCUGCAACUUCCGUUUGUCAAGAGCAAUAUGCUUUCGAAUCGCUUUACACAUUGGACUGCAAUUCAUACUCAACGAUACCGAUUUCUUUUAUUUUGAAGUUAGCUCAGUAAGUAACAAUGCUUUGCAUGCGCUUGCUCUAAAGCAUAGUUUUAAGACAUUUUAAUAUUAUUGUUUGUGUGUAUAUUUAGAGUUUAGUUUGUUUUAGACGUUUUCCUUUAAGGAACAAUAUGAAGUUCAACGGAUUUCUAAGGCUUAGAAUUGGUGAGGCGCUGGAUCUUAAACCAACUACAUUCUCCCUUCGCCACUCUGUAAUGUUCAACAAAACUGCUCCCACUUUGGACCCUUAUAUUUUGAUAAAGGUGGACGAUUACAAAAUUGGACAGACGCAUACAAAGCAGAAAACUAACAUGCCAACUUACAACGAAGAGUUCUGCCUCAAUGUCAACGACGGCAAACAAAUAGAGUUGGCCGUAUUUCAUGAUGCGCCCAUAGGGUAUGACGACUUUGUUGCCAACUGUAUAAUUCAAUUUGAGGACCUGAUCAAAUCCUCGAACACCGAAGAGACGUUUGAAGGAUGGGUGGACCUGGAACCAGAGGGAAAGGUCUACAUCCUCAUAACACUCAAUGGUUCCUUCACAGAUGACGACGCCACAGGGAAGGCCAAGGUGUUCAAGCAGUUCAACAGGAAGAGGCAGGGAGCUGUGAGACGCAGGAUACACCAGGUCAAUGGGCACAAGUUCAUGUCCACCUUCCUUCGGCAGCCCACCUUCUGCUUCCACUGCAAAGAGUUCAUCUGGGGAGUAUUUGGGAAGCAGGGCUACCAAUGCCAAGUAUGCACCUGUGUGGUUCACAAGCGAUGUCAUCAGUUGGUUGUCACAGUUUGUCCACGCAUGAAGAAGCCUGCCAUAGAGCCGACCACAAACCAAGGCUUCAGCAUCAACGUCCCCCAUAAGUUCAACAUCCACAACUUUAAGUCUCCAACGUUCUGUGACCACUGUGGUUCUCUACUGUGGGGCCUUGUCAGGCAGGGUCUACACUGCAAAAUCUGUAAGAUGAAUGUGCACAUCCGCUGUAAGGGCAACGUGGCGCCCAGCUGUGGGGUGAACAGUGUGGAGUUGGCCAACAAGUUGGCGGAGAUGGGUCUGCAGGCCGAGGGGCUCUCUAAACGCAACUCGCUGGGUUCUGGUGGGAAGGACCAGCAGCGAGCCCUCAGUGUGAGGAGGCCGAGUGAAGCCCCUCAACAGCCGACCAGGCGGCUGGGAAUAUCUGACUUCACCUUUCUACAGGUGCUGGGGAAAGGUAGCUUUGGCAAGGUGAUGCUGGCCCGAUUGAACAGCGGUGACCGGGUCUUUGCUGUGAAGGUGCUGAAGAAAGACAUCAUUCUGCAGGACGAUGAUGUGGACUGCACCAUGACGGAGAAGAGAGUGCUGUCCCUGGCUAGCUCCCACCCGUACCUCACUCAGCUCUUUUGCUGCUUUCAGACACCGGACCGCCUGUUUUUUGUGAUGGAGUUUGUCAACGGGGGCGAUCUCAUGUUCCACAUCCAGAAGUCCAGGAAGUUUGAAGAGGGUCGCGCUCGCUUCUACACCGCUGAGAUCACCUGUGCCCUCAUGUUCCUGCACAGCAAGGGCAUCAUCUACAGGGAUCUUAAGCUGGAUAAUGUGCUUCUUGAUAAGGACGGACACUGUAAGCUGGCUGAUUUCGGCAUGUGCAAGGAGGGCAUAUUUGAAGGUGUGACCACGGCUACCUUCUGUGGCACUCCUGACUACAUAGCCCCAGAGAUACUUCAGGAGUUGUUGUAUGGGCCAUCGGUGGACUGGUGGGCACUCGGAGUCCUGCUUUACGAGAUGCUUUCUGGACACGCCCCCUUCGAGGCAGAGAACGAGGACGACCUGUUUGAGGCCAUCCUAAAUGAAGAGAUCAUCUAUUCCUCCUGGCUGAGUGCCGAUGCGGUCAACAUCUUGAAAGCUUUCUUGACCAAGAACCCAGCUCGGCGUCUGGGCUGCGUGGCGGUGGAGGGUGGGGAGAAUGCUGUGACUGGUCAUGCCUUCUUUACUGGAAUUGACUGGGACAAGCUGAACUCCAGGGAGCUGGAGCCGCCCUUCAAACCCCGCAUUAAAACUCCGGAGGAUGUGAACAACUUUGACCCAGACUUCACCCAGGAGGAGCCCACCCUCACACCCAUUGAGGACCUCCUUCCUUCUGUAAACCAGGAUGAGUUCAACAACUUCUCCUUCACCUCUCCUGAGCUCCUGGAUGACUGAGCUCCUGGAUGCCAUGGCCCCUCUGACUGUUGACUUGUGAUCUUCAUCCCUCCAUAUGUCUUUGGUCUUAUGGAACUCUAUGGCCUGACCAAUGGGCAGGCAGUUUGAGUGGGAGAGGCUGACUUAAACAUGAUAUAAAGACACAUGAAGACUCAUCAGGAUUUACUGUUCUACUGACGAAGAGGCAGAUAUCUGUUGGUUGUGGCUGUAUUAAAUAUGAACUCAUUAUGUAACACUGUAAAAAAAAAUCCAGCUUCUGACGUUAACAAUUCAGUGGUUGAGUAAUUUAGAACCAUGAAACUUGUGUGAACAUUAUUAGUCUUAUUGCCUGUAGCAAUGUCUGGCUUAGGCUAGAUGACAGACACAAUUAACUGGUUCACACUGCCUGUAUCUAGAAUGUUGAAGAGCAGACUCUACCCUCGUCACUGGUAUAUGACUGUCUGGUCUUCUGUGGAGGCAACAGAGAGCCAAGUUACUAGAUUGUGCAAGAUUUAAAUCAGAUUAGUUUUUUUUUAUUAUGCUUCCUGUCAACUUAGGAACUUGGUGACACUUUGUAUUAAUGCUCUUUCAGACAGGGAUUUACUGCAAUGAAAAUCAAUGUUAAUGGCAAUUUGUCCCUUUUAUAUGAAAAUAUGAAUUUGCUUACAGGUACUUCAAGAUUAAUACAAGCACUUUUUGAUUUAA